GGGAGAUGAUGCUUGACUAUGCGGCUCCGACAGAUAUUUUCUCUCCGUUAAUGAGGAGUGUAAACUCUAUUUACCCGCAGAUGGUAACAAUCACAUGACCGCUACACGACGGUUGUCACUCUUCUCCUCGUCGUCUCCCUUCCCUGAGAACAAGGCAACGAUCACCUCCCCACCCACUUUAAUCGCACUGUUUGCCCAUCAACGAUGGUAUAUGUCUGAUAUCGUUGCUCUGCAAAAGAAUACCCGGUGGGGCGGUGGGACUCCAUAGGCCCACUUCUCGCUGUCAACGACGACCAGGGAUGAAGAGCUCAUGGGCAGUACUGGUAGCUGGGCGGAACGUUCCGCUCACUCAAUGCAUAUGCAACUGAAUUGAUCGCAAAAUAAUACACCUUCUCGCCUCUGAGUCGUCUCGGUCGUUUUCCUCUCUGCUUUCCACCUCGAGGGGUUGGCGAGCAAGUCGUCUUUCAUUCCUGUUCCCUCUGAGGCCUGGUGGCAGGCCCACUUACUAUCACUCUUUACGUAGCUCUGCUGGGCAGAGGUCAUCGACAUACAUCGCACGUUAACCUGCAAGACUACGCCCUUUCUUUCGUUCAAGAUGUACGCAUUGUGGAGUGUGCGAUACGCAGUGGUCGACUUUUUCCGGACUUUCUGGACGAGGAUCACCGUCUCACGGCUCGUUCUCGCCUACUUCCUCCUCGCCCUCCUGACCAGCGCCGUCCAAACCGGCCUCCAAGCCCGCGCCUUCCUCGUAAACCGCAACGCCGCCUCCCUGUUGGACAACAUCAUCCUCACCGCCCAGCUGCCCGACAACGACGUGACGACAUUCAACGGCACCGUGUUGCAGCUGUGUGAUGGCCAGCCGCAGGUGCCAGGGCAGUGCGAGGUCGUCUGGGCAAAGACGGGGGAGGUGAUUAGCGGUGGGCCGGUCAUGGUAGAAGGGGGGACGACGUUUAGCGUGACUACGUCGACCACGAAUGCCUCCCCCGCACCGACCGACGUGUCAGCGACGAAGCAGACGAUCGCCCAGCUCUCGAGUGUGCUCAGCGCCCCCGCCCCGACUGCUACUGCCUCCCAGGCUGCGCCUACCAUUGCAGUAGUCGACGGGGACGGAGAUCAUUAUUACAGCAACUACCCCAUCCCUGGUAUAGAGCACAACCUGCGCCCCCGAGCCUUCAUCGCCAUGCUCAACUCCUCCUUGGUCUUCAUCGCCGACACCGCACUGUCCUUCGACUCCGAGCCCGUCGACAGCGCGACGAUCACCACCGACUGUGCGCGUGUCCUCAUCUGGCCAUUCCAGCAACUAGCGCAGACCAAGCGCCGGGACGCGUUCUUCAUCACCUUCCAGCUCUGGGUGCUAGGUAUGAGCCUGCACGCCCUGUACGCCGAGAGCAUCCCUAGCGUUAUCGCCGUGUUUGUUACUCACCUGUUUGCGACGGGCUGGACGGCGUAUGAGGUGGUGCAGACUGCGAUGUUUAGGGCAAGCUUUCUCGCUAUCACACAGAACAGUGCGUGCAACGGGGUUAACCUGCUCCCAAACUACUGGGUAGCGAGAGGCGCUGUCGAGAUCCCAACCCUCAUCAUCAACUGCCUCACCCUCGUCGUCUCCGCCUACCUGACAUGGAAGCUCGUAAAACGUUUCGGCUGGCAGACGUUCAAGCGUAUCGGCGCCUCCAUCCUCAUGCACCGAUACUACCAGCUCGUGCUCAUCCUCUCCGUCUCUAUCCAGCUCUCCACUUUCUUCCUUGUCGCUUUUAUGGCCCUCUGGAUCGACCAGCUCUGGAAUGGCGCUAUUGGCCACUUUAACCAUCACGCGACUGGAUUCCAGGCUGGGUUCAUCGUUCUCAUCAUCUUGACUCCUAUUUGGCUUGUUGCUGGCUGGACCGCAGUGUACAAGGAAUGGCGGCGCCUGAUGACAGGCUUCCUCGCCUUCGCAGGGCUCACCACCGUCCUCUUCCCCUUCUUAUUUAUCUCCCCAACAUUCCGUCUCACCUUCCAGACAUGGAGCUUUUUCGCCACGCAGGCCGUGUUUGCCAUCUCGCUCGAGGUGACCACCCUCGUGCUAGGCAUCCUUUGCCGUCUGAACUUUGGCAACGGCUUGCUCGACUAUCUCGCGGGUCCAAUUGCUGAUGAUGACAGCGAUGCGUUCAUCAGAGGGUUACCGGAAGACACGGAAAAGAUCCAUUUCCCGAGCAUGUCCCACCUGCCUACAUUCUCAGACCGCGCCUUCACUGACCAAGCCUUCUCUUCGCGUUCUUUCUCUCCUACUCCCUCGUCUGAUUUCCAAGUCACGGAACGAUCUGACGAUCACCGAAACAUGGCUUUUGUUACUCUUACGAGGACGGCUACUGCCGAUACGAUGACGACGGACAGACCGCCGUUCCUCCCCACCCCAACCAUCAAAUAUCCUGCCAGAACAGUAUCACCCCUCGCUCGUACCCAAACCCAGAGCAGCGACAGCUCCGGGUGGUCAGGACGGAGCAGUGUAGACAAAGAUCAUAGGCGUGUGAUAUUGGAGUAA